CACAGCUUUACUUCCACCAGUACCUCAUCUUCUACCUUCCAAACUAAAAGAUAAAUUGUGUUGUAAUGCGAGGUUUUAAUGAAGAUGAAGUGUGCAGUUUUGUGGAGUUAACAAAAGAGAAAAAUGUUGAUGUAAGAUUUAUCGAGUACAUGCCUUUCAGCGGCAACAAAUGGAAUGAUGGGAAGAUGGUCUCAUUUAGUGAAAUGCUCCAAAUAAUUAGAAAGCAGUGGCCUGAUUUUGAACCUCUUCCCAAUGGGCCCAAUGAUACCUCAAAGGCAUACCAUGUCCCGGGCUUCAAGGGACGUGUGGGAUUUAUUACCUCAAUGAGUGAACUCUUCUGUGACACGUGCAACCGUUUACGGAUAACAGCUGAUGGCAAUUUGAAGGUGUGUCUCUUUGGGAAUUCAGAGAUAUCUCUCAGAGAUGCAAUACGAAGCAAAUGCAGUGAGGAUGACUUGCUUGCCAUGAUUGGGGCAGCAGUGAGAAGAAAGAAGAAACAACAUGCAGGCAUGAUGAACCUGUCAAAGAUGAAGAAUCGGCCAAUGAUUCUUAUUGGAGGAUAACAGUAUGUAUAACUUAAACUUGAGAUUCUUGAAAAUAAAGCUAGUCAGUAUUUCUUACAGUACUGAUUUAAAUACAUCUAAAAGAUCGCUGUUACGUAAAUGAAAGUUGAUGAGCAAAGUCUUAGUGGACAUUUGUAUAAAAUUGUCAUAGGUGUUAUUUACAAGAAGAGUAAAUAGUUUCAAUAGGAAUGUGGUGAGACAUUUAACAAAUGUCAUGACCACACAUUAAUAGGACCUUAUAACACUACCAUUAUGAUAUUAGUAUGCUUUUACGUAAAUAACAGAAACCCUGUCUCUAUGUUGCCACGUAUAACCCUCUUACUAAAAUUUAGUUUAGUUUCCAAAUAAAAUACAUUAUGGAAGGAUACUCCUGUUUAUAG